AUGAUGGAUGGAAGGCGACAUUCAGUUGACAUUCCAAUCUCCAGGACUCUUGUGGCGCUUAGGCGAGUCAGGUCGCUCAGGGACCCAUCAACCAAUUCCAUGAGCAAGUUUUCCACUUUACUUGAAAAUGUCAACUGGGAAACUACCUCCUCACACGAACUUUCCUUAAGAUUCAUGAAUGAUCGUGAUGCAGUUGGUUCGUCACCAGUUGGGUUUCCUGGAUUUGGAAAUGUGGCUCUUGAGCAACACAAGGAGGAUGAAGUUACUGAUAUGGGGAACCUAGCUGCUUAUCCUGGUGGGAAAGUUGCUGAAGAAUUGGAUAAUUGUGAGUCAAACCCAAAGGAGAUUCUUGUAAACCAACCUCUGAUUGAUAGAUAUGAGAGACAAAUGGAGUUGGCGUGUGCCUCGCCUUUGGAGGAUGUGGAUUCAACCAGCGAGCCAAUGGAGACCAGAGAUCCUCCUGCUUCAAGAGAGAAAUCCAGGCACAAAUAUCAUGUACAACCAUCUUCGUUGGGAGGUGAUAUUUUGAGCCGCGUGGGAAGUCCCAGCCUAUCCAUGAGUGAGGCUUUCUCUAGUCGAAGUGCAUCGUUGUAUCAAGAUGAAGAUGCCAACUUUGCAGUUCAAAGUGAACGUGGAUGUGGGAUCACAUGUUGCUGGAGUAGGACUCCUAGGUUGAGAGAAUCUUAUCCUUAUUCUUCUGGUGGAGAAAGCUAUCCUUUAUUGUCAAGGGAUGAAGCAAGCCCUCAUGGGCGCUGGAAAUACACAAGUAAUGAGACUCCAAGAAGUUUGAGUCAGAAGUUCAGGCCAAGGUCUUUUAACGAUAUGGUGGGACAGAAUGUUGUGGUGAGAUCUCUUCUAGGUGCCAUUUCUAGAGGCAGGGUAACUUCCUUCUACCUCUUUCAUGGUCCACGUGGUACAGGAAAAACAUCUGCUUCCAGAAUUUUUGCUGCUGCUUUGAACUGCAUAUCGCUCGAAGAGCACAAGCCAUGUGGUCUUUGUAGGGAAUGCCUUGUGUUUUUCAGUGGAAGGAGCCGGGAUGUGAAAGAAGUUGACCCCACGAGAGUAAACCGUGUUGAUAGAAUGAGAUCCCUUAUGAAGAGCGCAGAAACCCCACCUGUUUCAUCACGGUUCAAGGUUUUGAUUGUUGAUGAAUGCCACUUACUAGAUGAAGAGACCUGGUCAACAUUUUUGAACAGUCUGGAGAACCUUUCUCAACAUGUUGUGUUCUUGAUGAUCACCCCUGAUGUGGAUAAGCUGCCAAGAAGUGCAGUAGCCAGAGCUCAGAGGUAUCAUUUUCAAAUGUUGAAAGAUUCUGAUAUUGCUGUCAGGCUAAGAGAUAUAUGUGUUCAAGAGCGUCUGGACUUCGAGCAAGUGGCAUUGGACCUCAUUGCUGCUAAAUCAAAUGGUUCCCUGAGGGAUGCUGAAAUGAUGCUUGAUCAACUGAGUUUACUUGGCAAAAGAAUCACGGUGUCCCUGGUCUAUGAGCUUAUUGGGGUUGUUUCGGAUGAUGAGUUGCUUGAUUUACUGGACUUAGCACUGUCGUCUGACACUUCAAACACGGUUAUCAAGGCCAGGGAGCUGAUGAGGUCCAGGAUUGAUCCUACUCAGCUUGUAUCGCAGUUAGCCAAUCUUAUUAUGGACAUACUAGCAAGUAAAGGUGAAGAAGAUAAUUCUGAAGCAAGAAAAAGGUUUUCUAUGAGACAUGCUUCUGAAGCAGACAUGCAAAGAUUGAGAAAUGCACUGAAAAUACUCUCUGAAACUGAGAAACAAUUGAGGAUGUCAAAAAGUCAAAGCACUUGGCUCACUGUUGCUCUUCUACAGUUGAGUUCUCUUGAAAAUUCUCUGGGUGCAAAUGAUUCGAAAUCAUCUUGUAGGAGUGCACAUGAAAAAGAAGGGGACUUCUCAAGUACAUCAUCUGCUGCUGAAAGGGAGAGUCACAAACACCUUAUCCCUUGCUCUUGUGGAAAAUUGCAUCAGUUGGGGAUAGAGAGGGACUGGGAAGCGACAUUAGAAUCUAUAUGGGAUAAGGCUACGCAGUUGUGCCGAUCAAAUUCUCUAAAGAGUUUUCUAAGGAAACAGGGGAAACUCUCUGCUCUUUCAGUUAAUCAAGACCUGGCUAUUGCUGAAUUACAAUUUCAUCAUCGUGACUCCGUCUCGAAGGCUGAAAGGUCAUGGAAGCUGAUAGCAAGUCUCCUCCAAUCAAUUUUGGGAUGUAAUGUGGAAAUCAGAAUCAAUCUUGUACUCUAUGCUCCCACGUCGAGGUGUGCAAGACUGCGGAAGCUUUCUUUUGGCUUGUUCAAUUGUUCUCGCCGAAUUCAGCAGAAGAAGGCCAAAUCAUCUCUUCCAUAUGGAAGUAGCGACUCUGAUUAUUCUGAUCUUACAUCCGAAAAGCCUAUGAUAAAGGACAAAGUUGUUUUACCAGAGAGUUGUCAUCACAGGCUGGAAAUGGUAAGGGCUCUACGAAGCUCCGAAGGAAAUGUGCUGAGCAUGGGGACAACUUCAUCUCACAGAUCAUUAGUACAGGACAAUGCUGCGCCAAAAACCCCUGGAUGUGGAACUGAGUCUGUGAAAAAAGAGUGGGAGAGUAACCAUGACUGUGGUUUCAGUCAAGAUUGCAAAGAGGAUCAAUCACGCUGCUUUCCAAGAAAGCUAGGACUCCAGAGAAAGUCAUGUUCGCCUGAAAAUAACACUCGGGUGAUUUAUGUGGGUAACAAGCUGCAGGACAACAGCCUUCAGUUGCCUAUAUCCAAUUCAGAAUCUGCAGGAACUUAUGCCUGUAUUGACGGUGGUACUUAUGUCCGUGGCAGUGACUAUGACACCAAUAACUCCCAAAGUGAGAACGGGCUGAGAGAUCAGUCAGCUACCCUUUGCUGGAGAACGCCAGUAUCCCCCCGACGCAAGGAAUGGUGGGUGCCUCACGAGCGUCAGAGGUCGCCCUUAGUAGGGUGGGUUCUUCCAUGUGGCACGGCCAAGUAG